AUGGUAAUCGAAUAUGAAGAUAAAAUGCCUGAUGAGAGAAAAAGCCAUUAUGUCAUGUACCGUUUCCUUCAAGCUCAUUUAAUAAAACAUAUUCAACGUGGAAAUAUUCAGCCUACAUUAUCCCUUCUACCGAAACCAAAGGAAGUUUUGAGAAGGAAAGAUAUUGAGAACUCCUGCAAGGCAAAGUUUUUGGGUGAGAACGAGGCUGAUGUGGCUGGUGGUGAAAGAACUGAUGGGGAGGACUCAGACUCAGAAUAG